CGUCGGCGCGCUAAGUUUUCCGACGCCGCCGCCGCCGAAAUGUCGCUGAUCGCUCGCUCCCUCACCGCUCUCGUUGCGCUACUCGCCGCCGCGCACGCGCAGAGCAACUGUCAAACUGUGCUGUUUGGCCUCGCGACUAGUAAUCCAAUAACCUUCAUGCCGACCCAGUAUACGUCUGGAGGAGCACGACUCUACGUGGACAAUGAAUGUCAAAAGCAGCAGGGAAGACUGUUAGCCGGCGAGCUGAUCACGGCGUGCGGCAUCACCGCAUACGGCGCCACGCCCGGGAUCAGCCAGGCGAACGCGCCGCACCUCUCGCCCAUCGACGUCACGUGCGCCGACGGCUGCCCCGGAGGAGGCGUUGCUAAAAUUAUACAAUACUGCUAUUAAUCAAUAAAUCACUCUUCUAUACCUAAA